AUGCAGCCGUCCCGUGGCGGGCGUCACGGAACGUUGGACCAGCACAACAACGAAGCCCCCCACGUAGAUCUGCGGCCGAUUGCGCCGAGCCGACCGGGCCCAGACGAUGCGUCGAGACACAGGGAAGCCCCAGCUCCUUCGCCAGGCCACGACAUCCCCGAGUCGUAUCGCAACCUCGACGAGAUCGCCGUCAAGGGGCCGAUCGAGAACCCAGACGAACGACGCCGAUACAAAUACGAAAGUUUAGAAGAUGCUCGAAACCAUGACCUGGAGGACUCAGCGGGACAGGCCGGAAGCGCGUCUGUUUACGACGGCUCGCCAACAGAUGCGCAGGAUCGAGAUAAGCAAGCGCAGGGUGUAAAGGUCUCGCGCCUGGCCACACAGAUCUAUACGGUCUCGUACCUCAUACUGUUCUCCUUCCUCGGCACCCUGGCACGGCUGGGCCUUCAAUGGCUGACCAACUACGCCGGCGCGCCGGUCUUCCCGUCGGUCUGGUUCAACUUCGGGGGUAGCCUGGUCAUGGGGUUCCUCGCCGAGGACAGGAUGCUCUUCCGCCACGAGUGGGGGACGCCGACCUACGAGCACCAGAUCCAGAAGGCCAAGCGGGACGAGGAAUCCGGCCGCAGCGGCUCGGGCUCGGGGAGCGGUGGAGGAGACCCGGCCGUCGACCUCGCGGCGGCGAAGAAGGCCCACCUGGCCACCAAGAAGACCAUCCCGCUCUACAUCGGCCUCGCCACGGGCUUCUGCGGCUCCUUCACGUCCUACUCCUCCUUCAUGCGCGACGCGUUCCUCGCCGUGUCGAACGACCUGACCUACGGCAGCAGCAGCACCACUGUCCCCCGCAACGGCGGCUACUCCUUCAUGGCCCUGCUCGCGGUCAUAAUCAUCACCGUGACGGCGUCCCUCUCCGGCCUCUUCGUCGGCGCCCACCUCGCCCUCGCCCUCGAGCCCGUCACGCCCUCCCUGCCGUUCCUCGUCACGCGCAGGGUCGCCGACCGCCUCGCCGUCUUCCUGGCCUGGGGCUGCUGGGCAGGGGCCGUCGUGCUCGCCGCCGUCCCGCCCGCAGACUACUGGCGCGGCGUCGCCGUCUUCUCCCUCGUCCUCGCGCCCGUCGGCACCCUCGCGCGCUUCUACGUCUCCCUGUGGCUCAACGGGCUGCGGCCCGCGUUCCCGCUGGGGACGUUCGUGGCGAACAUGCUCGGCACCGCGGUGCUGGGCAUGUCGUGGGACCUGCAGCGCGUCCCGCUCGGCGGGGUGGUCGGGUGCCAGGUCCUCCAAGGCGUGGAGGAUGGGUUCUGCGGGUGCCUGACGACGGUGUCGACGUGGGUCGCGGAGCUGGCUGGGCUGAGGCGGAGGCAUGCCUGGGUGUAUGGCACUGCGAGCGUGGUGGCUGGGUUUGCCAUUAUGGUGGCGGUCAUGGGCGGCCUCAAGUGGAGUGAUGGGUUUGCGGCUUUGAGGUGUGUACAUUAG